UUCAGUCUGAUUUUGGUGCUCGAUCGAUUGCAACGUGCCGACGCUCCGUGAAAACAACAUCUACCCAAACAACAACGCUCAACAACAACCGCCAACAACGAUCGCCUAUUUUUUUUAACACUCUAUUUAUUUACCACACGAAAUUUAAAAAGAAAAAGAGAAAUCCACAGGAUUAGUCACACCCCUUGCCCCCCAAGUGUUUUUUUACGUGCUUUUUGCCGGUGCAACAACAAUCCAAUAAAAACAACUCAAACCACAGCAACUCAGUAACGAGGAGAAGAAUUUCCAAGUCAAAAAAAAAGAAAAGAAAAAAGGAAUACAAAUUCUUUUUACCUGAGUGGCAGCAGUCCGAGGACAGCGAACGCAAGAAGCAGAUCCGAUCGCAUCUCUAUAAGCUGCGUGAGUCGCGACUUUGCAACCUCUAUAGGCACGAAUCGGAACCAAUGUCGGAGCCCAACGGAAACGGACAUGGCAACGUGAACUCGCUGGCCGGAUACGCAGGCAAGGAUCCAUUGGCCACCAGCCACGGGGAUGCUCUGCUCGACCAGAACUUUCAGAGCCUCAAGUCCAAGGAGGUGCGGGAUUCGACCAGUCCCACCCAUGAUUUGCGGUUCCAUUCGAUGACCCUCAGCCAGCCCAAUACCACCGGUUGGGAUGUGCAGACCUCGUCGGAGGUCAGUCCCGAUGGACGGGCCUAUCGCACCGAAACUCUGGCCAAAACAGAUGGCGUGGAGAAGCUCAAUGGUGGUGGCCUGGCCGAGUUCAAAGGUCGCAACGAGCAGCGCUCGAGUGCCUCUCAUCAGGGCGAUGACAAGAACUUCGUGAAGCAGGCGUCGGACAGCUCCAAGACCCAGCUCCAAGAGACGGUGGUCUUUGGGGACGAGACCAGUGGUCGCACCGAGAUGAAGAUGAGCUCCACCUCCACUUCGUCCUCCUCCAAGGUGGUGUCCUCCUCAUCCACAGUAGAGUAUGGCGAUGAGCCGCGCUACCUGCUGGAUAGUCAGGAGAAGUCACAUCAUCAGCGCGACUGGGAGCAGGAUCAACGGCGUCAAGAGCAGCGCAUCCAAGAGCAGCUGCAGCGACAGGAGCAACAGCACCGCCAGGAGCAACUGCAGCGUCAGGAGGAGUUCCAGCGUCAGGAGCAAGUCCAGCGUCAGGAGCAAAUCCAGCGCCAGGAGCAAAUCCAGCGGCAGGAGCAACUGCAGCGCCAGGAGGAGCGCUUCUCUGAGAGCCGCGAGCAGUCCAACAGCACCCGGAAUGUGCAGACCCAGCAGCAUUACGAGGAGAACAAGCGCUAUGUGGAUAUGGACAAGGCUUCGCCGGAAUACCAACGCCAUGUGCAACACCUGAUGGAGCAACCGGGCGAGAUCAUCUCCAACACGGUGGAGUAUCCCAAGCCGAAUGUCAAGAUGAUCACCACAGUCAAGCGCCUGCCGGACGGAACUAUUGUCAAAAACAAGCGCUACGAGACGGAGCAACUUACUCCCAGCCAGAGUCAGACAACCCAAAAGCAGCAGACAACCAACAAACAGACUAACAACCAAGUCCGCAAUCAGACUUACAAUCAGCGAAGCGCACAGGAUGUGCAGGAUAGUCAGGUUCGCGAUGUGGCAGAGAAUGUGGAGCAGAAGCAUGUGACGGAGUCGCAGAGCUUCUCCUCGGUGAAGAAGUCCAGCCGACGUUUCUCCACAGAAACCACAUCGGAGACUGUGGAGGAGUACGAUGAUCGCGGCCAGCCCGUGUCCAGGGUGGUGCAGAAAGCACCCACACCCUCGUACGCACCACCGUCCCACUCGCCACGUCAGUCGCCGGGCCGUGACUUCAGCACUCACGGCUUCCCCUCGGUGCGUCCGAAUAAGCCCACCCAGGAGUAUGCCUCUCAAAGACCCGCCACCGCUGGACCCGGCGGUGAGGAGGUGGUGGUGGUGCGCUCCGAGAAGAGCCGCCAGAUGAAGCAGCAGACCAGCUCGCAACGCACCACCGAAACCGAGGUGCUCGGGGAUGACUACCAUCAGCCGCAGAGGUCGCCACAAAAGCUCAGGGAGGCCCCGUCUCCCAGCUGGGAACAGCCCACCAACACCAGACGCCAUCACGUGGAGGAGGACUUCAGCACCCAUGGAUUUCCCUCGGUGCGCACCACGACUACUCGACCCGAUCAACCCGACGGUGAGGUCUUGCAGACUGUCAAGACGGUAAGUCGCAAUCAGAGCGCCAACCGCAAGACGAACACGGAACGGGUCAUUGAGACGCAGGUGGAGCAGCCGGGCGCCCAUUCCCAUUCCCACCCCUCGCCCAGAACCCAAAGUCCGCGUCGAUCUCAGCCACGCGAGGACUACGGCAGUCAGGGUGUGUCCUCGCCCCGCGGACCGGCGGGUAAGCCAAGUCAAUCGCGGCCCAGCACCACCGGAGGUAGCACCCCCACCAAGACGACCACCACUUCGGAGCCCUUGACGCGUCGCCAGUUGCAAAAGGAGCGCGAGGUGGAUGCCGCCCAUCGGGCGUUCGCCGCCUCGCUGCGCAGCAGUUCGCCGGCGGAUAGCACCACCUCAGUGGGGUCGCACCACCACCAGACGCCGCGAUCUAGCGUCUCCUCGAAUCGCACCUUCCGUCGGGAGAUGCGCGAGGGCUCGCACGACAGCCAGGCGCCGUCGGAGUCGAGCCGGAUAAGCUCGACAACCGUGACCCGGCACACUGGUGGCACCACCACCAGCAGCACCACCAAGACCAAGACCACCAAGCCGGUGCGGGGUCCCAGCGAGCCGAGGUCGCCCACCCCGAAAACAGGAGGAAGUGUGACCACUACCACGACCCACGUUACCAGUACCACCAGGUCCAGUCCCAGCCCAGCACCAGCCUCACCCACAACCUCAGCACCAGCCAGUUCCGCACCACCAGCCAGCAAGAAGCCCUAUCCAGUAAGGAGGCCCCACGGUGAACCGGAGCCGCAGGUUCCGUUGAGGCGUAGCUCCAAGUCGCCCACUGGGGAGCCACGUCCGGUGCAGCGAGAAACGACUUUUGAGGGUCGACGUGUCUCCCAGCCAGAGGAUCAGCUUUCGAUUGACGAGCUUAUACUCAUCGAGCAGAUGAGCGGAGCUCCGGGCUUGCCUACAAUGUCUAAGAAGCCAUCAGCUAGGGAUCAAAGCCCGCAAAAGCCUUCACCCAGAGCUCAGAGUCCUGAGAAACCAUCGGUUAGGGCUCAGAGCCCGGAGAAGCCUCAGCCUAGAGCCACUCCCAGGCAGAGUCCGGAAAAGGAGCAGCCCGCCUUUGGGGCCAGCACUCCUAGUCAGCUAUUGCCACGUGCCUCAAGUCCUGAGAAGGCUUCACCCAUUCAGGGUCCCGAAAAGCAAUCGCCCCGAGCCCAGAGUCCCGAAAAGAGUGGUAAUGUCAGCCAACCUUCUGUUUCUCCCCGUCAAAGUCCCGAGAAGCAAUUACCCCGAGCCCAGACCCCAGACAAAGUGUCACCGAAACAAAGUCCAGAAAAGCAGUUGCCUCAAGAAGUUUCAAAGAAACCGCGUCAGAGCCCGGAAAAGGAGCACAUCAGUCAACAAAGACGUGAGGAGGAUAUAUUUUACAGUACGAUUUCCUCAACGCAAAAACGAACUACCAAUAGUAUAAACGAAGAAUUCCUAACAAACGAACGAGAUAACCAGAAUCAAACCACGAUCUCCGAAAAGAAACCCCAGGUACUAAGUAGAGAUGAACCGCAAGUGAAGCCCCUGGAAACCAUCGAGAGUCCAGAUGGAGGAUUUCUCUCUAAGGGAACUGAACCCGAGACCCAGCCCGAUGAAAAUCAAACGCCCACUUAUCGCAAAAAAGGACUGACACGUCGCGAGACCUUUGAGGAUCGUUGUCGUCAGAUUUUGGGAAUGGAGGAAGAUGGCGAUACCCAGGGAACCUACACCCAGCAACCGAAUGACGAUCAGGAAGAUGUGAGUGUAACUCACACGUCCAUAGAGACUAUUCAAGUAAAGAUCGAGGAUUGCCCUGACGAUGAUGACGAUGACCUGCCCCGUGGUGUUACUGAAACAUUUGUGGUGCGUACACAGCCCAAGAUCAAGGUGGAAGAGGAGGAGCUUCUUGUGGAUAUUACCGAGUCCGAGGAUGUGGAGAUCUUAGUAGCUCCGUCGAAAAAGAGUCCCAAGCAAGGAGACAGUCCUACUUAUCCUAAGGAGCCAGAGACUUCCGGAACCCCAAAGCGGGAGCAGAGUCCUACUUAUGUCACGAAACCAGAGUCCCCCAGGUACCCUAAGGAACAUAAUAUUCCCAAAUACCCAACGGAAAAGAUAGUUACAAGGAUUCGAAAGAGCCAGAGAAUGUUGGAUAUCCCAAGGAGGCCUCUAAAUAUCCGAAAAACCAAGAUAUUCCCCAAUCUCCUAAGAAGGAGCAGCGUCCAACUUUUGUCGAGGAACCCGAAUAUUCCAGGAAUCCCAAAGGUCAAGAGCAAGGACAUCCAACACAUUAUAAGAUUCCGAACAAGCAGGAGACAAGCUUUGUGACCGAAAAGGUCAUCGAUUGUCAGGGAAAGACUAUUGUCGAGAAAAUCAGCCAGAGACCGCGAACUCCGAGUCCCACUACACCCAAAAACAGUACGAAGCCAAGGCAAAAAGUGCCGGAGAAAGUACGCGAAACCGAAUC